GCAAUGCAAAUUGCAAACGCCGGCAUUACUUGCAACCCUCUCGUGGAGUAAGCCGAGCGAACGUACCACAAUGAAAUAUCAUAUUUUCUUGGGAUUCCUUGCUGUAGUCGCAGCUUACCCUGGAUUCAUCCAUGAGCAAAUUCCUCAAGUCGAGGAGAAGUACGAUCAUCAGGCUUUGAUCGGGGAAUCGGGUCAUUCCCAUCAGAUACAGCAUGAGCACGCCAAGUCACACCAGUCUAUUAAAUUCGAGCACUUUCAUCCGGUGCCCGUAUACGUCAAAAAGGAGCACAGCCAUCUCCUAAAGCAUCCUCUCGAAAAGGGAACUAGCGAACAAAACUUGAAGCAGAUUCACCCCGAGGCGCAACACAACCACGGUGGCGGUCUGGUUCUUGAAGACCACAGGCUCGACACUGAACAUCUUGCCGCCAGCCUUGGCCACGGCGGCUACGAGCAAGGCCCUGAGCACGGAGGAUAUGAAUCAUUGGGUGGAUACGAAGGAUCUGAAGGUUUGAAAGCCUACGCGGAACUCCAACAAUCCCAGUCUGAAGGACAGUACUACCCUGAACACGGCCAAGGUCUAUCCGGAGAGAGCUCCGAAGGCUACAAAUACGAAGGCUACAACUAAACAGAUUUAAUUUAUAAUAUAUCAACGGGCAUAUGUGGAGUCUUUCUCCACUAUCUAAAAUUAUUUUAGGUUAACGUCUUGCCUGUAUCCGUUGUAUUAAGAUAAAAUCUAAUUAAACCGAUAUGUUCGGUUGUUAAGCUUUGUGGUUAUUAAGGCUUCGUAUUUUCAACGCUACGUACCUGAGAUAUAGAUGUUAAACAGUGAAUCGGUUAAAGCAUUUUUAGGAAUUCUUGUUAAAAUUAAAUUAAAUUUUGUUAAAAGUUGUAUGUGGAUUUGUAUGAGAAAAUUAAAUUAUGAAUGGCAUUAGAUACGCUUCUGGGUGCUUCAAUGAGAAAUUCUAUUGAGUAUUGAGUAUUGAAUGAUUGUCACUUUUAUGAUCGAGUGAAUAAUUGAUUUUGCAUUAUUGUAACUUAGAGCGUGUUGCUGCGUCCCAGUGUAAUUGUGAUAUUAAUAAAAUGUUGAAUUGAAAACUAAA